AUGUCGAAUGAAACCUCAGCAUUACCUGCUGAAUCGAGCGCACCAAAGCAACCUCAAGAAGAUCAAGGGCCAGCUAUUCGUAUAGUUCCACAUAUUGACGGUCCUCGCCCUCUGCAUUUUGAUAUCAUCGAGCGAGAAGUUCCUGAAGGUGUAUUGAUAAAAAUUGGUCGUUUUACGGACAAAACUCUAGCACCAAAUAGGGUACCGGGAAAAAUACAACAAAUCAUAUGUACGGGAAAUGUGUGUGAUAAAGAAACGUUCGAUUAUUUACGUACCAUAGCGGCAGAUGUUCACGUUGUGCGGGGUGACUAUGAUGAAUUUCCAAGCUGGCCUCUCUCCAAAGUCAUAACUCACGGGCCACUUCGUAUCGGAGUUCUUCAUGGCCACCAGGUGAUUCCCGUGGGUGAUGCCGAAUCUUUAUCAAUCAUAGCACGACAAAUGGAUGCAGACAUUUUAUUAACUGGUCACACUCAUCGAUUUGAGGCGAUUGAAUAUGAAGGCAAAUUUUUUGUUAAUCCUGGAAGUGCAACUGGUGCUUAUUCUGGAUUUUGUACCGAGGAUAUAAAACCAUCUUUUGUUCUGAUGGAUAUUCAAGGUUCUGUUGUUGUAACCUACGUUUAUCGAUUAGUCGAUGGUGACGUUAAGGUUGAUAAAAUUGAAUAUAGGAAGAAUUAUGAUACAAGCAAG